CUGCCUGGGGGUCACAGGGUGGGUGUCACAGGGCAGGGGGUGGCAGCACUGGCUGUGACAACCCUCAGCCAUCACCUGGGUGACACCAUCUGGCCCUCAGACCUGCUGGGGACACCGUGGGCUGUCACCCACCUGGGUGGCACAGCAGGUGAGGCUGCUUGGGGGGCCACGACGCCGCCGCAGUGGUCCAGGCCCCACCCUCGGGGCGAGCGUUUGGGGCGAUUUCAGCUGGUUUUGGGUCGGAGGGAGCCCUUAAAACCCGGGCCAGGGCUGGCGGAGCCGGGGCCGCCCCGUCGGGGCUGCAGGAGCGCAGCGCGGCCACAGGGUGGCGGCAACGAGCCGCGGCGGGGGCCGGGUGUCCCGAGGACGGGGCGGGGAGGGGGCCCUCGCCCCGGGGGGCCUGGCCCGGGAACGGGGCCGAUGCGGGGCAGGGGGCCCGGUUCUGGGGGGUCCCGGGACAGGGCGGAGGGUACCGGGGACGGGUGGGGGUCUCGCUCCGGUGACGCGGGCAGCUCCGGUGGGACGGGCUGGGGGGUCCCGGGCGGGGCCGCCCCCCCCCUCCCUCCCUCCCUCCCUCCGUCCCCGGGGGCGGCUGUCGCGGCUGGUAAAUGGGUUUCAUUAGCGGCGGCGGCGGGGCCAGGACUGAUCCCCGCCAUCCCCCGCUCCCCCCGGGACCCCCCGCGGCGGCCCGGCCCGGCCAUAAGAGGCGGCGGCGGGGGGCGCUGGCGGGGGGGGCCAUGGCGGGGCCGCGGCUGCUGCUGCUGCUGCUGCUGGCGGGGACCCCGCGCGCCGCCCGCUGCUGCCCCAGCCCCGGUACCGGCCCGGUGAGCCCCGACCGGGGGUUCGGGCUUCUCGGGGAGGCGGGGGCCGGCUUUGUGGAGGCCGGGGCUGCCGUGACCCCCCCGCGUUCUCCCCCUCCACAGGCCGCCGCCGCCCCCCCGGGGCCGCCCCCCGCCGCCGUCCUGGGCGCACUGCUCCGCUCCCUGCAGCGGCCCGGCCGCAGCCCCGGGCCCCUCCAGCCGCAGAGGUUGGGGCAGGGGGGGGCCCAGGCCCGGCUCAGCCCCCGCAGCUGGGACCCCCCGGCUGCCCCGUUCUGGACCAUGGCAACGCCACAGCGCUUCGGCCGCCGCCGCUGA